UCAUAAUGUCUGUUGUCAGUCAGGAGCAUGUGGGGGUAGAGGUUGUACAUGCAGUUUAUUUGUACACUGAUUCUGUAUCGUGGAUACCAGCUUUGCAGGCCCUUUGUUAGCAGAGUUUGAUAGAAAAACACAAAACCUUCCAGUCUGCCUUGUUGACAGGAACUUCCUACCAAAAGGUACACAGCGAAUCAACUAAAACCUUCCUAUCCAUUGUGUAGAGAAGAGCUUCUGUGAAUCCUGAACUGACUGAAAUGAUUCCAAGAUCCAAGAAAUUGAAGUUAGAGGAUCUAAACCAGGAAACAGACUGCAGGGAGAAAGCAGAGAUGCUAAAAAUGUGUGUUACAAAUGUGGGAACGGAGCAGUGCUGUGGGGAACACAGACGGAGACUGGAGUUGUUCUGUCAGGAGGAUGAGACAUUUAUCUGUACAAUGUGUGUUCCCAGACAUUCCAGGCACAGUUUUGUGUUCCUGCAUGAGGCAAUCAGCGGGUAUAAGGACAAACUGAAAAUUGCUCUAACAUCUCUAGAGUCUAGAGUAAAACAUUUAAAACAUUUGCAAAUCAAAAAGGAGAAGGAAACUGCCCACAUACAGGAAGAUGUUUUUUGUUUGGAACAAUACAUUUCACAAGAAUUUGCAAAACUGCACCAGUUUCUGCAAGAGAAGGAGCAAAAACUCAUCCAGCAGCUUAAGAAUGAAGCAUCAAACGUUCUGAAAGAAAUGGAAGAUGAUCUUGAAUGCACUGAAUAUGAUGCUGUAUCCUCCCACGUUGUAGUGUCCAGUCCUGACUCUGAUCUCAAGAAUAAAGAGGCAGAAGUUCUAAAAGACAAAGACACACAUGUACCUAUUCAAGCUGAUAUUACACCCACUAACAAGACACUGUGUGAUAAUCAUUUAGAGAUCAGACAACGUAAAGCUGUUGGUUUGCUUACGGUACCAGAAACCUUUGAGGAUGUCGCUAUUACUUUUACUGAAGAGGAAUGGAAGAUGUUAAGAAAACAAGAUAAGGAGCUUCACAGAGAAGUGAUGAUACAGAAUUAUGAAGCCUUGGUUUCAUUAGGAUUCAAAAUCCCUCCAGAGAAAUUACUACUCCUAGUAAAAGAAGGAAAUUAUGUGAUAGAACAUGACACAAAGGGGGAAAGAAGAACAGAACAGAAGUGUAAUCUCAAUACUGGCUUCCACUGUACCAGAACUACAGAAUGCAGUGUGAGUUGCAGUCAGCAGCCAUCAUGCAGGACACCCCAGUUGCUUUACCCAGCAGAUAACUUGCAACAGUGUGCUCAGCCUGUGAAACGCAAAGGUAGUAAGAAGACUGAUCUCACUCCUGUACCACUGCUUCAGUCAGUACACAACGGCAAGACCCCCGAAUGUGGAGUUGGAACACCCAUGUUACCUCAACCUACAGAGAGCUUACAGCAGUGUGCACAGCCCAUGAAGCGCUGUAAGAAGUCUUAUGUAACUCAUAUGCCACAGCCUCACUCAGGAUGUGACUACAGCAAGAGCCCUGACUGUGAUGCAGGUCGGAGAAAACACACUGAGAAGAAGCUGUAUAGAUGUACAGAAUGUGGUAAGGGCUUCACAAGGUCAAAGAGUCUUCAACGGCAUUAUGCCAUUCACACAGGUGUGAAGCCAUAUAAAUGUGCUGAAUGCAGUAAGAGCUUUGUAUAUCUGAAAAGCUUUCAGUACCAUUAUGCUAUUCACACAGGUGUGAAGCCAUAUCAGUGUGCUGAAUGCAGUAAAUGCUUUAUAAAUAAGUCAAAUCUAAAAUGCCAUCAGAGCUGUCACACAGGAGAGAAACCAUACAAAUGUCCUGAAUGCAGUAAGAGUUUCUCACGCCUCAAUGAUUUAAGACGGCAUGGAAGAAGCCAUACAGGAGAGCGCCCAUAUAAAUGUCUUGAAUGCAGUAAAUGUUUUGCACGUCCCUCUCACCUUCAGGUACAUCAAACCAUUCACACAGGUGAACGCCCAUAUAAAUGUCUUGAAUGCAGUAAAUGUUUCACACGUCUCUCUAACCUUCAGGUGCAUCAAAAAAUUCACACCGGAGAGAAACCGUAUAAAUGCGUUGAAUGCAGUAAGUGCUUUCGAGUAAAGGCUACACUAAAACGACAUCAGCGCUGUCACACAAAAACUCAGGCCAGUAAAGGAAAGGAUGAAGAAAAAUCAAAUGCCAUCAUGGAAGUAACGAAUAGAGAAAAACGUAAAGCAAUUAAGACAAGAAGUGUUACUGUUAGAAGAGUAUAAGAGAGGGAACAGAUCAACAAAAAUGCUCAGAAUGAUAGACAUGAUAAAAGCAAUGUGCAGUAUCAGAAGAGAUCAGGAUCCUUUUUGCACUAUGACAAGUAAUAAUCUAUAAAUAUCACAAGCAGAAAAACCUAGAAUAUAUGCAGAUAAAUAUUAAGGAAAAGUACAAAAUAAGCUAUUUAUUGUUGACCCACAAAAGUUUUAUAAAGAAUUUAUAAACAAGACAAAUGAUAUUGAAACACCACCAAACAAAAAAAGACUUCUUAUCUUCCCUGAAGAAGACUUCUCAUCCACCCUUGAUUUAAAACUGUAUAGCUCAUCAGAUGGGGAACUGAAAACACAACUGC